AUGGAAUGGAUUAUGGGAGUAUGGACUCUGAUGGGUAUCCUUAUAUCUUGGUGGUAUUGGUUUCUGUGUCUGAAAAAGGAGAACAGUAAUAGGGUGAAGCAGCAGAAGAAGAAGAAGAAGGGGAAAGUUCCUAAAGGGAACACAGGUUGGCCUUUACUUGGAGAGACCCUUGAGUUCAUUGCUUGUGGCUAUACCUCCAACCCUGUCAGCUUCAUGGAAAAGCGCAAGUCUCUCUUCUAUAGAGAGAAUAGCAUAUCCAAAGAAGGAAAAGCAGAAAAGCCUGCUUCUGCCAUAACUGGAGCUAUUCUAGAUUCACCUUUGGACUGUAGUGGGUAUGGUAAUGUAUUUAAGACAAGCAUUUUGGGAACUGGUGUGAUUGUGUCGACAGACCCAGAAGUGAACAAAGUGAUUCUGCAGAACCAGGGGAACAUAUUCGUCCCUGCAUAUCCAAAAUCGGUCAGAGAACUAAUGGGAGAACACUCUAUCCUCCAAAUGAACGGGAACAUGCAUAGGAAAAUCCACUCACUCCUUGGAGGGUUCCUACGAUCCCCUCAAUUCAAAGCUCGAAUCACUAGAGAUAUUGAACACUCUGUUAAACAGUGCUUUGCAACUUGGACCCACCAACCAAUUUACGUUCAAGAUCAAGUAAAAAAGAUCACAUUUACUAUUUUGGUUAAAGUUCUACUGAGCAUUGGUCCCGGUGAAGAUUUAGACUUCUUGAAGAGAGAAUUUGAAGAGUUCAUAAAAGGGUUGAUUUGCUUACCCCUCAAGUUUCCUGGAACAAGACUAUAUAAAUCCUUGAAGGCUAAGGAAAGAAUGAUGAAGAUAGUGCAGAGGGUAAUAGAGGAGAGGAACAAUAAUAUCCAUAACAAUAAGGAUUCAGAAGAGAAGGAAGGUGCAGCAAAUGAUGUGGUGGAUGUGCUCUUAAGGGAUAUUGGUGAUAGCAACACUGUCUCUGACAUGUUGGAAAACAUCUGUGAGAACAUAAUUGAGAUGAUGAUCCCUGGGGAGGAAACUCUUCCCACAGCUAUGACCAUGUCUGUCAAAUUUCUCAGUGACUAUCCCCUUGCUCUAUCCAAAUUACUGGAAGAGAACAUGGAAUUGAAGAGGAAGAAGAAUAGUUCGGAUGAUUAUGUAUGGAGUGACUACCUUCAGCUUCCAUUUACUCAAAAUGUUAUCAGCGAAACUCUUAGAAUGGCAAAUAUUGUCAAUGCCAUUUGGAGAAAAUCAGUGAAAGACGUAGAAAUUAAAGGGUAUUUAAUUCCUAAGGAUUGGUGUGUUGUGGCAUCUCUUACUUCUGUUCAUAUGGAUGGCAUGAAUUAUGAAAACCCUUUUAAGUUUGAUCCUUGGAGAUGGGAGAAAACUGGAGCUGGGGCUAAUAGGAAUUGCUUUACACCAUUUGGUGGUGGACAGAGACUGUGCCCUGGCAUAGAACUCUCAAGGCUAGAGCUCUCUAUUUUCCUUCACCAUCUUGUUACUACUUACAGAUGGGUUGCUGAGAAGGAUGAAAUCAUCUACUUUCCAACAGUUAAGAUGAAGAGGAAGCUCCCAAUUAGUGUAACAACCAUUAACACCUAA